AUGGCAAGGAACACGAUUUCGACGAGGUUUCAUAGGGUAGCAGCUGCCUUUGAUGCCGACAUGAAACGCGUGAGGCCCUGCGAUAGCAUUGAAUACUCCUCCUCAACUGAUUUAUCAGAUCUCGUCAAAUCGUUCAUGGAGAAGAAUGAUUAUAGAGAAGGCGAAGGCGAAGAUGUUGAGAAUUUGGAUUGGUUUGAUGAUUCUGACAACGACAAAUUGGAGACGUUGAAGGAGAUUUUUGCUGGUGGUGAAUGUGAUGAUGAUAAUGAUGCCUGCAGAGAAGAGAUUAGGAGAGAAGCUGAACUCGCAUGGAGUCUUGUUGGGGAAGACACCUCCUUGCCUGGAUUCAAACGUCUCUUCAUGUCUCGCUUGCGUGAAAGAGGUUUCGAUGCUGGGCUUUGCAAAUCUAAGUGGGAGAAAAAUAGAAAAUUCCCAGGCAGUGAAUAUGAGUACAUUGAUGUGAAUUUCGCCGGAAGCCGCUACAUUGUUGAGAUUUCCCUUGUUGCACAAUUUGAAAUAGCUCGUCCCACAAAUCAAUAUUCUGCUUUACUUGAUGUGUUCCCUCAUUUUUUCUCUCUCUUCUCAAAUUGA